AUGCACCAAUGCACGAAGUUCGCAAGGUAUUUGAUCAUUCUGUUAUUCUCUCGUCGUACUAACAUAAUCCUGUACAUACAGGCUCUCGAAACCGCUCAACAAGCGUACAAUACGCUACGAGUAGAGUUUCGAGCUCUUAAGAAAGACUACCUCACACUUUCAGCUACCGUUCCCGCCCGCAGCUGUAAUCGCACCCUCAAGAAGACAUCUGUGCUCGAUACCAAGAUCACCACCCAAGGGAAGACAUUUGCACUAUUCUACCAUUUCUGGGUUAUCCCCGGUGUGUUCCCAACAACUCCUCAGCCCGAUGUCGACCCACGUAGUCCUACGCGUUGGAGUUCACCUGAGGCCAAGCUCAAUGGCGCUAUGGCAGAGUUGUAUCGGUGUGUACCCAAGGAUCUCCACAAGUCUAUGGAGAAAUAUACACCGUUUGAUUCUCUGGUACGUACUUUCAUGUUUUAUUGA